AUGACUAUCGACAACAACUCCGAUAUUUCGUCCAACAUCAAUCUCCCUCCGACCCAGGAGACCGGCGGCUUCGUGACUGUUAUGGAAGCAGUUCUGAAUGUCUGCGCUGGGUCGGCCAUGGGAGUCAGGAAGGCCAAUGAGGUGAAAACGCUGCUGGACAGAAUGCAUGCGAUGUAUACGGGCGCGCAAGAAGAUCUGUGUGAGGGUCAGAGAAAGUUAAUCAAGGUUAUGGAAGAGCACG